UUUCUAUUAAUGUAAGGUAGGAUCUCCACGCGCGAAGCGGAGAUAUACUUUAAUUUGAUUCAGUUCAAUUGCCGUCCAUAUCUCCGAAUCCCAAGUCUCCUCUUCCUACAAUAGACAUGGUUAAUGCAUGCUUUGCUUUGCUUCCCUUCCUCCACCCCCCCCUUGCACGCUAUCCACUCUAACAUAGUCCAACAGAGUAACCGAGAAGUAUCACACGCACAAACACACAUUCGCCCUUCGCAACACAAACAGUCCAAGACAUAUGCACGCCACGCCAUGCCAACGCCAGCCAUGUUGCAAGCCCUAUACGCAGUCUCAACCCACCGCGGUAGACACAGCAUAGUCUACCUAGUAGCCGGUAGCACAAACAGCCAGCCCUCGUCCGAAGAGAGGGUUCUGCUCAAUCCACGCUCCACGUCACUCACCUGCCAUGCGAUACAGCCGUCGAUCGAGCCCAUGCGAUCGGUGAUAAAUUAAGCCAUGUGCCGAUCCGUGCAUCUUGUCCAGAUUUUCGCCGUGCAUGUUGCCC